ACAGGUAGAAUUGCCCGUCAUAAAGAGCAGUCCCACAAAAGUGGUGAGAGCAGCUGGGAGAAGACUGAACCCACAGUAGAUAGGAGCUGAAAGUUCCAGAAUGAUUUCAUCGCUGCUUACAGUUACGCUGCUGGGGCUCGCGUGGACACCAGCAACAGCCCUACCAUGCCCCGAGACACUGCCCUCUCAACCACCUCCAUCAACUGCCCAUAGUGUGAAGCCUUCAGAUCUGGCUGUCCUUUCUCCCAUUGGCCUGCAUACCAGCACGGAGCUGCCCAAAGUGAUGGACCGACUCCAAGAGAUGAUGGCCCUGCUCAGCCCUAGACUAUUCACUCCCUUGGUUUCUGCAGAGAUGAACCUCUACGACAGGGACUUUGUGCAACACAGGGAUCUGGUAGAGCAGGCAAAAGAACUGUCUCUCGACCUGCAGGGCCGUAAGAACAUUGAUGCGGAGAGGGAUUGGAAGCUAGUGCUGCUGUUUGUUCAGGCGGAUCAGAUGUGUUCCUGCGAAGUGGAGCAGGCAAAGUCUGUCAUAAACACCACUGUCCAGGAGGUUGAUCGUGCUUUGAAGUUGCUGCACUCUCAGCUGAAGAGAACCAUUGUCAGUGUGGCCGUGUGGGACGGAGAGUACGACAGCUUCAAUAACAGGAAGUGUCCAUGCUCCCAAACAGAACCAGAAGAGAGGUUCCACCGGGCCGUGCUCACACUGUUCCUACAGGAGUCCUUGGAUAACCUCCUAGUUGAGAAGGGCUGGUAUGGUGACCGAGAGGACUUCAGUGUGGUUCUCCAGGAAACCCCUCUGGUGACCCACCUUGCAACCACAACUGACGGGAGGGUUGUGUCUGAGGGACAAGCAAGGCGGCUGACUGACCGGCUGAUGGUACAGACGCUGACCAGCCUGCUCCAGCGCCAAGCUGGCCAGCCCAGCAUGGAGGACCAUGAAUUGAUCCUCACAGUUCCCUGUCCCAGUGAGGACCGCCCCUUCCUCCGGACAGAGGGGAACUCCCCCUCCACUCGCCACACGGAGGCCUCCCCUUUCCUGAAACUGUUCACCGGCACAGAGAUGCCCUGCACUGAUCUUGGCCGCUCCCCCUCCCCACCCACCUCAGUCCAUGCCCUGCGUCCGGCAGAUAUCAGAGUCGUGGCGGCAGUGGGAGACUCUUUAACAGCAGGCAAUGGCAUCGGAUCAGCUCCGAGUGACGUACUGGACGUUCUGCGUCAAUACAGAGGCUUGUCUUGGAGCAUUGGCGGAGACGAAAAUCUGACCACUGUCACCACUUUGCCAAAUAUCUUGAGGAAUUUCAACGCUGAAUUAAUUGGAUACUCUGUUGGAAUGGGCAAGCAGGACACGCCAAACGCUUUCCUCAAUCAGGCUGUGGCCGGGGCAAAAAGCAAGGACCUUCCAAAACAGGUGCAAGCCCUGGUGAACAGAAUGAAGAGCGAUCCUAGCAUCAACUUUGAAUCUGACUGGAAGGUGAUUACCAUGUUUAUUGGGGGAAAUGAUGCCUGUGACAGCUGCAAAAAUUCGCUCUUCUUUUCGGUGGAUAAUUAUCUGCGGCAUGUUAGCGAGAGCCUGGACUACCUUCAUAAAGAGGUUCCACGGGCUCUGGUCAACCUGGUGGAGGUCCUCACCCUCCUUCCGCUGAGAACCAUGCACUCAGAACCCAACUCCAGAUGCCCCACAUGGCUGGUCAAGAUAUUGUGUCCAUGUGUCAUCUCGCCAAAGACAGGCUCUCAAAGCCGCGAAGUGUUGGAGGAAUUAAUCAGAGGCUAUCAGAGUUCGCUCACUGAUCUUGUGGAGUCCGGUCGCUAUGACACCCAUUCCAACUUCACCGUGAUCAUCCAGCCUUUCAUUCGGGAUAUUGAUCUCCCACUACAACCGGACGGGAGUCCUGACCGGUCUUACUUCAGCGCAGACUGCUUCCACCUCAGCCAGAAGGCGCAGACUUCGAUGGCUCGCUCCCUGUGGAAUAACAUGCUGGAGCCUCUGGGAUCAAAGACUUCAGUACAAGAUUUUUCACCUUAUCUUAAGCUGAGAUGUCCAUCAAAGGGUUCACCAUAUUUUAGAACUUACCAGAACAGCAACUACACUUACAAGGGGCCGGCUCCAACACCAGCACCAAUCACGAACUGGGGAAGUAACUUCUCCUGUGUGGACGUUAGCCCAUCCGCCUCUGUACCCACCUCAGUUCACAAGCUGCGGCCGGGGGACAUCAAGGUGGUGGCGGCCCUGGGGGACUCCACCACGUCCGGCACGGGAGCUAAGGCAAAUAGCGUGUUGCAGCUAAAGACAGAGUUCAGGGGAGUCUCCUGGAGUAUUGGAGGUGAUGCCACGCUAGAGACUGUCACAACACUACCAAACAUCCUUAAGAAGUUCAACCCAGCUCUACAGGGUUUCUCCAAAGGUCGGUUUGCGAAACAGAGGGGCUUCAACAUGGCUGUGGCCGGUGCCAAGACAAGUGACCUCCCAUCUCAGAUCCAGGCUCUAUUUAAGGCUAUGAAGGAAGAUCAGAAGGUGGAUUUUGACAACGACUGGAAGCUUGUGACAAUAUUCGUUGGCACGAAUGAUCUUUGCAACUACUGCAUGGACCAAUAUAACCUGUCAGCAAAGAACUACAGUCACAACCUCAAGAUCAGCCUGGACAUGCUUUACAAUCAGAUGCCAAGGGUAAUGGUGAAUGUGGUUGAGAUUGUGCAGAUUGAUCCACUGAGAAAAGUGAAGAAGAAUGACCUUGUCUGUUCACUAUUGCAAAGCUCCAACUGUCCCUGCCUAAUGAUCACCGAGGACAACUCUCCAGAGCUGCAGACGAUCAAACGAGUCAACAAGGAGUAUCAGGCUGAAUCUCGCAAACUUAUCUCGGGAGAUCUAUACGACAGACGGGAAGACUUCACCGUUGUCCUUCAACCCUAUUUGCGCAACUCAUUUAUCCCUUAUAUCGGGGUCGGCCAGGCCGACCUGAGUUUCUUUUCAGUGGACUGCUUUCACAUCAGUGAGAGAGCGCACGCAGAGAUGGCCAUUGCCCUGUGGAAUAACAUGUUGGAGCCUGUGGGCCAAAAGCAGGAAUACAACAACUUCACAUAUGACCCCACCAAAGUGCACUGCCCUUCCAAGGAUCAUCCCUUUCUGUUUACUAAGUUGAACAGCCUUCCGAGUUCACCGUUGCCCCCUACAACCGGUGUUCCAGUCAAUACCCAAACAACCAUCACUCCUGAUCCCGCGGACCCUUUGACCCAGUGUGCCCCCCCCCUCCCAGUGUGGGUGCCAGUGGUCGUGGCAUUUGCAAGCUUGCUGAUUGGUGUCGUUAUCAGCCGACUAUUUUUCUCCUUCCAACAGAGUUCGAAAAAGAAUAACAAUAAUGUAGAAAUGGAAAGAACUGGUCUUUAAUGACAUGCUACAGAAGGACAGAUAGAUGUACGCAGAUUUGGAUACACAAUAAGUAUUGCAGUGCGUAUGGAGUAUUGUGUCGCAUGGCGCAAAGUAUAUAAAUUGUAUGGUAAUUAUACUGUAAAUACUGCAGAGAAUAAACAUUUUUGUUGCCAUAAUUAUUCAUAUUUUUAAUAAAAAACCUUUACUGCUA